CGCUUCUCCUGUGCUGCUCUAUACCUUGGGGACGUUGCUGCCCCUAGUGUACAUGAGAUGUAACGCAGGUUCUUGGGCUCAUGUAUUAUACGUAGGUGCGUGCUACUCUGCUGCCCCCUGCUGCUUAUAAAGUGUAAUGCAGGGUGAGGAGUUUUGUAAACAUGGCGCCUAGUGACAGAGAGCCAGCAGAUAACGUGAUCUCUAAGGCUUCCCAGCUGCUGGAUUCGCACUUGCAUCUAGUCCGGAAUAUCAGCACAGGGCUGGCAGUAGUUGGCAUCGUUUUGUGCGCAAGAAGCAUUAGACUGCUAACAAAAUUUUCAAAAGCUAAAGACAUCCCCAAAGAAUUCAUAAAGAAGAAUGUGAAACUGCGUGGGAAAGUAGUGUGUGUGACUGAAGAAACUAUAGAAGUUGAUCACAUUCCGAUUAGUCUGCCUAUUCUUAGAUCUUUACAGAAGAAAUGGCAUGGGCAGGGCAGCCUGUUGGUCAGACUUGCUGGAGUAGAGUUAACGGAGAAUGGCAAGACGUGGUUAAAAAAUAAUCUUCAGCCCUCACAAAUGCUGUGGUUUCAGUUACUGAACAGAGAAGACUCAAUGCUAGACUGCUUUGUCUUCAUCAACAGGGGAGGAUUCUUCAAUGAUUGUGUGAAUGUGGUGCUACUAAAAGAAGGACUUGGAAGAACAGCUCAUAUUCGAGGCGUACAUCAGGGGACAGGACACUACUUUGCAUUUUACAAAAGACUACUGCAAGCGGAAGUCAAGGCUCAGAAGACCGGAAAAGGGCUCUGGGAACAAGAGAGCCAGCUACGGACUCUGACCAAUAAAAUUCUCAGUAAUAGUAUUAUUCAGCAUGUGAAGCAAUUCAUCCAUGUGAUGACAAAGUACUGGAGAAAAUGAAUAUCGUGACUCUUGUACGCAGAUGUUGUAAUUACUGUAGAAAGCCUGAUGGCAGUCGGCUGGGCAUGGCUGCAGUCUGACAUCUACACAAAUGCUGUACACACCUGAACAAUUCCUGCCUAGUGCUCCAUAAACCUCCAUGUGUACAUUCAUGGGAUGUGGAACCACAUUACUCCUUGUCACUGUUUAAUACUUAUAACUCUGUGUUUGUUUAUAAGACCAUACGGUUUAAUUAUGGUCUUCACUAUCAUGUUAUGGUUUCUGUUUUUGAUCAGGGUAUCUGUAUGCAAAUUGUCUGUCUUUAGCAGGACUUAUUUGAUGUAGCGUCUCCAUAAGUCAAUGUUCAACCCAAUAAAUAACCUAUAAACAUGGCUAGUGAUUUUAGCAACACUAGAAUCUCUGCAGAAAGAAGAAACCCCCACGUGUAAUGGAUUGGACACUGACUUAUAGGGAAGCUACGGUAUAUUCAAUGGGUGGUGCCAGAAUCCGUGUUCUUCCUACUAAAAGAGAGCUAAUCUGCAUACAUUUUCCCAGGGGGCAAUGCUUGUAAGACUUCCUACAUUCUUGUUAAAUCCAGGUCAUGGCAUACAUAGUGUUAAAUUAAAUGGUAUGUUCACCUUGGACAAGGCAGGUAGAGCAAGUGAUUACAGGGUCCAACAUCUAAGGCUGCUCUCACACUAUAUAAUUUCUCCGUUUUAAAGACCUGUUAUAAUGU